CCCUGCACUUGAUUCUACGUUAAUUUGACAUCCAAGACGUGUCCUGUAAAUGCGACGAGAUGAAAGCUAACGCCUGCUGCCUUUCAUAAAUUCCAUUACUCUCUUCUUUUCCACUUUGUUAGCUAUCUCUAAAGUUGUUUCCUGACAGCAUUAUUUGACGUUAACCCGGCAUUAAAGGCGUGUAUUGUGACAGGGACUUCAGCUGCAGUGAAAAUGGAUUGAUCCAUGCUGCCAAGGAAUGGAUUGAUCUGCGGAAGCUAGCGCUAGCCGGCUAGCCAUGGAUGGAGACAGAGGAGCUUGUGACUUUGUAUUGUUAGCGUCUAUUUGGUAAAAUGAGCUGAUAUUAGUUAUUGUCGUCCAAAACUGUCCAGUCUACGCAUGCAAGUCGUACUAAAAAGCGCCAAUGCUAUACUGCGCACACGCCCCGAAAAUGUCAUUUGUCCUGCACAUACCGCAGAUACCCAGCUGGAUGUCAUUACAUGCAUCCACUUCUAAUCUGAAUUUGCACGAUUUUUCACCUUGCAGGAAAACGCACAGGCUAGACUUUUCGUUCACUCUUAAACCAAAAUUAGAUAAUUUUUAAGAUAACUUAGAGCUAAUGUCAUAAUCACUCUGUAUUAUCAGCCACUUAAAGAUUUAGACUAAACUUAAAGUUGCAGGCACCCUGCAGCCCAGUAAGACUAGAAGUUGACCCUUCCUUAGUUGUAUGGGAAACAGCCCUUGCUGUAGCAGGACUGUCAUAGGUCAACCAUGGGAGGGUCGGUGUCUUGCUGUAUGUCCCCUGGGGAGAGCCCCAAGAUCCACAGGAGAGAGGUGGAGCUGGAGGAAUGUCCCAUCACCACCUGCGAGGACGUGAGCGAAGAUACCGGGACAUACCUGCAGCACAUCAGUGACAGGGAGCUCCCAGAUGAAUUAGCCCAAGAGGCCAACCCGUCAGACCAUCCCAGAGCCAGCACCCUCUUCCUCAACAAGUCGCAGACGGACGUGCGCGAGAAGAGGAAAAGCAACUACAUGAAUCAUCACAUGUCCCCGGGCCUCCUGACAAAAAAGUACAGCUCCUGCUCAACGAUAUUCAUCGAUGACAGCACGGUCAGCCAGCCCAACCUCAAAAGCACAAUUAAAUGCGUCGCGUUGGCCAUAUACUAUCACAUCAAAAACAGAGAUUCAAACCGCACGCUGGAUAUAUUUGAUGAGAAGAAACACCCUCUAACGCGAGACAAAGUUCCAGAUGACUACUCCGUGGUUGACCCUGAACACAAACUCAUCUAUCGCUUUAUCAGAACGCUCUUCAGCUCGGCACAGCUCACCGCAGAGUGCGCCAUCGUCACUUUGGUUUACCUAGAAAGGCUGUUGACGUAUGCUGAGAUGGACAUCUGUCCUUGUAACUGGAAGCGGAUUGUUCUUGGUGCCAUUCUGCUGGCCUCCAAGGUCUGGGACGACCAGGCUGUGUGGAAUGUCGACUACUGCCAGAUCCUCAAAGAUAUAACAGUGGAGGACAUGAAUGAGAUGGAGCGUCACUUCCUGGAGCUUCUUCAGUUCAACAUUAACGUCCCAGCCAGUGUGUACGCCAAGUAUUACUUUGACCUGCGCUCACUGGCUGAUGACAACAACCUUAAUUUCCCAUUGGAGCCGCUGAGCAACAAGCGGGCUCAGAAACUGGAGGCGAUCUCUAGGCUGUGUGAGGACAAGUACAAGGACCUGCAUAAAUCUGCGAUGAGGAGGUCUGUCAGUGUGGACAAUCUGGUUGGCAUCAAGAAAUCCCAUGCAAUUCUGUCCUAAGGCUGUGAUUUCUAUCUCGGAUCUGGCCAGGAGGUGGAGCCACACUUCUUGGGAGACGGUUUCAAAGUAAAUGAAUACCUCUCCCUGAAAAGUUCUGUUGCAAAAUGUUGAAUUUCAAUGUUUUGGGACAAAAAAAAAAAGACCGGAAGUUUACCAUACAAUAUCUCUUGAAUAUAAUGAGUCCAGUCUCUAUGUGUUCAAAACAAAGGACGUGAGCUAUCUGCCUUCAAAGCAUGGUCAUUUGUUUGGAUACUUUGCAGAUUGCCCAUUUUUCCAAAUAACGGAUGUGUAACUUUGGAAGGAUCCAGCAUGAAAGUGCUUCCUGUCACAAAUUACAUACGUCAUUGUUUUUUGUCAUCAGCUGAUUUUAUGGGGAGACCUUUCUCUGGCUGUGGCCGUCGUCUCUCCACCAGCCCUGUCGUCGCUCCUUCAAUCACAUGACGACAGACUGUCUUGAACUACCCUGUGGUGUAGUUCUUCACAACGGACAAAGAGUAGACUUUGUUUUGCUUACUGUGUAGGCCCCUAUAGCUGUGAAAUGUAGACUUUAUUCCAUUCAAUAAAUUACAGUCGCUGUUCAAAGAUGA